AUUAUUACUACUACCAUCAUCCAUGAUCUUAUUAUACAGAUCCAUCAAUGGAGAACUACUGAUCUCUCUCUACUCAACUCAGGUCAGGUGAACAAGAAGAAUGGCGAGCGCGACCUGCAUUCCAAGGUUUUCUUAUCAGAGGCUGAGAUAUGAAGAAGAAGACGAUGGUGAUGAAUUAGGAGCGAAGAAGAGAGAAAUUGGCGUAGAGAAGAAGGAGAAGAAGAAGAAUCGGAGGAAGAUGAGGUUGAGGAGAUGGAAGAGAAAGAUAAUUGUUAGGAUUAGAAUUGGAAGGUUGAAGAGAUGGUUGAUGCGACGGAAGGCGAGUAAGGUGGUUGCGGCGUCGCUGGCUAAGGUCGCGACGAGAUUGAAGGAGAGUCAGUCUCAUUUUGGGGAUUUAUUUGCAGGAAAUUACCUCUUUUUGCAGAUCAAUCCUCCUCCUCCUCCUGUUGUUUAUCACCAUGCAUUUUAAGCUUUUAUCAACCCUAAUUAACUCAAUUAAUAUAUUAUUCUCUUUUCUUCUUUUAAUACUUAAUUAUUAGAUUAAUGUAUGAAGAAUUAUAAGACUGAAA